AGCUGUUUUACACAGACAUGACGAUGAUUGCUCCUAAGAUAUAGCCACUAACGUAGUAAAUCCAUCCACCGAGUUUACACAUUUCACACGAUCCCCAUCCACCGCUGCCUCCGCUACCUCCGCUACCAUGCUUAGGGUUCCGACGACUCCUUCUCCUCCCUCAUCGUCCAUGGCUUCCAUCAUCAGAGCCUACGCACUUCCUGUCGUUCUCUUCGCCGCAGCCAUAUUCUACCAGCUAUUUCUUAUUCCCAAUGCUUUCCCUCCUUCUCAUUAUGACGUUCUUCAAAUUGAGAGGUAUAGUUCGAUCGACAAGGUGAAGGAGGCUUACGAUAAGCUUGAAUCUAAAUGGAAUUCGGAUGUGGAAGUUUCUGAUGUUCAUGAGUUUUUAAAGAUUCGAUAUGCUUAUGAGUUGCUGACAAAUCCUUUAUGGAAAAGAGACUAUGACUUAUUUGGCAUUGAUGAACAACUUCAUAUCAUUGAGAGUGCCAACAAGCGUUAUGCAGGGAAAAGCAUUUCAGAAUUGGACUUCCCUUUACUGCACACCCCUUCCUCUGAGUCUAUUGAUCAUUCUGCUAAAGGCAUUACUGCAAGUGAUUUCCAGUCUAUAUUUCCAGAUGCAAAGCCAUGGCUAAUUCAGUUGUAUUCAUCGGGGAGCAAUCGUUGUGCUGAGUUCUCUAAGUCCUGGAAUAAAAUUGCUUCUUUAUUGGAACCAUUAGCUAAUACUGGUAUGGUGGAACUUGGUGAGAAGGAGGUCGCUAUUUACUUUGCUGAUAAAAGAUCAACAGGAAAACCCGUUUUCAGAAAUGGAAUUCCAUCUCUUUUUGCCAUACCUCCUGGAUGUCGUACUGCAAAAUGUUUUAGCAGGUUUGAUGGUGAGCUUUCGAUUGACGCGGCUACAAAUUGGUUUACAACAACUGUAUUGGCUUUACCUCAAAUUAACUACUUCACAAAGGAAUCAUUGGUGCCAAAUUUUUUUGGAAAAAGUAGUCAUCAUAAGGUGAAAGUAAUAUUUUUCUCAAAAUCUGGAGAGCGUGCGUCUCCAUUUUUAAGACAAGUAGCUAUAGACUAUUGGGCUUCUGCUUCAUUUGCGUUCGUUCUCUGGCAGGAAGAGGAAUCAUCCUACUGGUUGGGGGCAUUUGGGGUGGAAUCUGCACCUGCCAUAGUAUUUCUUAAAGACCCAGGUGUCAAGCCUUUUGUGCAUCAUGGUUCAGUUAACAAUUCAGUUUUUUUGACUAUGAUGGAAAAUAAUAAAGAGCAAGAACUACCACAACUAAGGAGUGUAACAUCAAUGGAACUAGGCUGUGAUCCCCGUGGUUAUUCUCGUGCUGGAUAUGAUACAAAUAUUUGGUAUUGUGCUAUUGCAGUGGGAAGAUCGAGUAUGGAAUUGAACAAAAUGCGUGAAACUAUUUGCAGGGUUCAAGAAACAUUGUCUAAGCAAAGUGAGCCAGAUGCAUCAUCUGAAAAUCAAUCGUUGGCUCCAGUUGUGGAUGCCUUUAAGAGAAAGCGGUUGACAUUUGCUUGGCUUGAUGGUGAAAAGCAAAAGGACUAUUGUCAAUUUUACCUUGGUGAGGGGGCAAGCGAUGGCACUUGUGGACAACGGAAGGGUAUGAAUGAUAUUCCUCGGUUGCUUGUUAUUCGGUACCUAAGGAAUAGUAGUGCUGUUGAUACGAGGACACAGGAAAUGUCAAAGUGGAAAUCAUUGCUAGUCCAAGAUUUAAUCGAUGAAUCCGAUCAGGCAGGCCAGUUUGUAGCUGGGUACAAGGGCACAGAUGAUGUUUCUGAGAUAACUCAGUGGCUCGCAAAUAUAAUAAAAGAUGGUGACUCCAGAGAUUUGCCAUUCUUUACUCUAAAAACUCCCAAGCUUGUUCCAGAUGACACAGAACCUAUUUGGUCAAAAACUGCACAAAAGAUUCCAUUGAAAAAUAUUAUGCGUACUAUUCUGAGUGCUGUUGGUGGACUUUCUGUUUACCUUGACGAUCCAAGAAUCGGUCCUUCCUUGCUUCUGGCAGCCUUAGUUUCUCUGGGCACCACCUGGCUGAGAAGAGGCCAACAAGUUCAAAUAUCUCAGUCAAAACAACCAAGUCAACCUCCUAGUUCCAUGGCACCCUCGCGUGAAGAAAAGAAACAGAGACCAACUGACAGGGUCCGGAGACGACCAAACAAAAAUAUGCCCCCUAGCAUGACAGAUUCAGAACCAUCUGAUGCUUACCAGAUGCCAUUUUCAGACUCUGAUUAGUUUCGAUUUGGUUUCUCCUUAAAGGAAGGAGCUUUUUCACAACAUUAUGUGACAUGGUCUGAAGAUGAAACUCUUACAUUUUGUUCUUGAUUUGGAGUCCUAAAAUAUGAUACAAGAUUGCCCAUAAUGCCAACAAGUGGUUAGGACCUUUUGUCAAGAGAUUCCAAGAUCGAAACGUUAAUUUUAUUGUGUAUAAAAUUAAAAAGAAUUUGGUUGUUCCAAACAUAACUUAUUUGAUUCUUUAACCAAAAAUUAUAUAAAAAAUUUACCAUAAAUUCAAUCA